AUCCACAGGCGCGAAUCUCUGUCUCGUUUUACAUUUAUCUUUUCAGUGAAGGAAAACAUUCUGCAGCUCCAACACUGAAAAGAGAAUGGCCGGCGAUAUGACAGAGAAACAUUUUCAAAGAGUCAAAGGAUAUCAGUAACUAGAGUCAGGCUGGUACGACCUGGACAACAUGUGUUUUCCUUACAUCUCAUCACCAGAUCUUAGAGCCAUGGUUACCGCAUGCUCUGUACUGGGGUGAUUAGUUUCAAAUUUGCUAUUGUUUGCCUGUGCCACCGCCCCCUCGGCAGAGGAAAAGUGUAGCUGUAUCAAGUCUGAGCACACUUCCUGUGCUUGUUGUCUUGAGUGGGCCUCUUCAGUGGAGCUGAGAAAGAAUAAGGAACAUGAACACUGUCAGCCAGUGCGUUUCAAGAGCAGCUAACAGGAGGGUCACCACUCUGAGAACCACCGCAGUCAGAUCGAAGGUAGGAGUAGGAAGAAUGGAAUACCACCUGAUAUGCCUUUGGAAUUUAUUGCUGGUCGUUCUGUGUGUUCCUGAUGAUGAAACCUAUACUGUUCAUCUGAAUUCUCUCUCCUUCGAUAAAGCUUUAGAAGUCUGUCAAUCUAACGGUUUCCUAACUAAAAUUGCCAAUUUGGAGGAAGCCACAAAGAUUUUGAAAUUUAUCUCAGACACGCCAGCCACAAAAGAUCCAUUUGAGUUCUGGGUGGGUUUGAAGAAAGGAAAGUUGGAUUGUGUGAAACUGGAUGAACCUCUGAAAGGUUUCAAAUGGACAGUGGAUAACAGCAGUGAUACAAAAUUGGGCAGAUGGAACCAAUUGCCCGCACAAACCUGCACAGGUUUAUUGUGUGUUUACCUCAAGUUAAAUGAAACUAAUAAAGAGAACUGGGGGUUGGUUUCAGGUUCCUGUAAGAAGGAGCGUCCAUUCAUUUGUAAGCAAGCUGUCACGGAGGAGUGUCCUACCCCACACAUACCUGAAGCACAAUCACUCAGGGCAGACCCAAAUGAUAAUCGUAAACUGAACCUGGAAUGUCGGUCUGGGGAUGUCUUCACACUGACUUGCUCUGCGAAGACUCUGAAAUGGGAACGUAGCGAUGGAUCAGCUCUAGAUGGAAUUUGUGCCUCGUGCCAAGCAGGUUAUAGGAAAGACAGUUCCGGAAAUUGUGUGGACAUUAACGAAUGCUUAGAUAAGCCCUGCAAAUUUGAAUGUGUCAACACAGAGGGCUCACACCGCUGUAAAUGCUAUGAUAAAGAUGGAAACCUAUAUGAUGACUCGGUGGAAUGUAAUAAAACGCAAGAAACUAGUGCUACUUCUGAAGGAAGAGAAACCCAUCUGGACUACAGUACAACUCCUCAGCCAACAAAAAAUGAGUGGACUUUUCUCAGUUCUCCAUCUGACCCAACCACUUCCAUUAUAUCUUCAAACAAUGUUGAUCUGGAGGAAAAGAGGGCAGUCAGCAUAUUCAUACCUGGGUUGAUAGCAGUGAUGGUCUUGGUCGUUGUAGUAGUUGUAAUGUUAGCUAUUGUUAAGAUUUGCCUCAGGAGGCGAUCACAGAAACUGGCCAUGAAAAAGACUGAGAAAGUAUCAAUGAAGAGAGCAGAGGCCUUAAAAAGAGACUCGCUGGAAAAUUCUAAUGAAAACUAGACACUUUAAGCAGCAGAUGUAUGAAUAGAGAUCACAGCAAAAACUCCUGGAGAUUAAGUGGCAAUGUUUAAAAGUUCAGACUCUCUCAUCACCCACGUGAUGUUAAUAAACACUUGAAUGAAAUGCCAUGAACUGAAAAGACUUACCACAACUUAAGACAACUUGGUGUUCAUUUCUUUCUGAAUGAGUGAAAGUUAAACCCUUGAUUAUUUUUAUUGAGGAUUUGUAUGUGGGCUGUUUAUAAUGUCUGCAUAGACCUUUAUGUUGUACGGUUGUGUAUAUACCCUAUAAGCCUAUGUAUGUUUACAGUAUAUAAUGUCUGCAUAGACCUUUAUGUUGUACGGUUGUGUAUAUACCCUAUAAGCCUAUGUAUGUUUACAGUAUAUAAUGUCUGCAUAGACCUUUUUGUUGUAGGGUUGUGUAUAUACCCUAUAAGCCUAUGAAUGUGUACAGUAUAUACCCCUGAAUGUGCUUUGUAGAUAUAACAUGAUGUAACAACAAAAUGAAUUAGCCGCAUCAGUAUUUUGGAAUGUUCUAGUCCUGAUAUAAUGCAUCACAGGCCUGGCCUCUUCCCAUGAACCAAGUUUUUUGUCAGUUCAAAAAGAAAGAAUAUCUUGUCAACAGAAGAUACAACUUUUGGAAAAGCAUGAUUUAAUUAUUUUUUAAAAUAAAGCAUGAAUUAAGUCUGA